AUGUUACUUGGAACCAACGACUUUUUGAACAACCCAUUCAAGACCAGAGACGAUGUGCUGAGGGGUUGUGUAGCCCUCCUUGACCCACUGGCGUCCCAUACAUCUGCUGGAGGAGCUCUUCUAGACAUCGGAAGUACAGCAACACAUUACGAUGUCAAGGCAGUCGCUCUCGAAGCGUUCGCUCGUCCAUUAUGGGGUCUAGCUUCGUUGUUAGCUGGAGGAGCGAAGUAUGAUGGUGUAGAAAGAUGGGUCAGAGGAUUUGAUUCCGGUACCAAUCCUAAAGGGGAGGAGUACUGGGGCGAAUCUAUGGACAAGGAUCAGAGAAUGGUAGAGAUGAGUCCAUUGAGUUUCGCUAUUGCCAUGGCACCAGAAGUGUUCUACAACAAUCAAAGCCCAGAGGCCAAGAAGAACAUAUGUGCUUUCCUCCAGUCAUGUAUAGGCAAACGAAUGCCAGAUACAAAUUGGUUAUGGUUCAGAGUCUUUGCCAAUUUGGCUUUACGCACAGUAGGAUCAGAUUUCCACAACCCUGAGCAGAUGGAAAAGGAUCUGCAGAGGCUUGAAGAAUUCCAACUCUCGCCUCAUGGUGCAGAGGGUCAAGAAUCUGCAUCUGCCGGUUGGAGCCGAGAUGGACCUGAAGAUGUGAAGCAGCUAGACUACUAUAGUUCAAGUUUUGCCAUUCAGCCCGCUCAAAUGAUCUAUGCAAAGCUCGCUGCCAAAACGGACUCAGAAAGAGCAGAGAAGUACAGACAGAGAGCUCGUGACUUCAUCAACGAUUUUGUGUACUACUUUUCAGAUGAGGGUGCUGCUAUUCCAUUCGGUCGAUCUAUGGUCUACCGAUUCGCUGUCAUCGCUACUGCAUCUUCGAUGGCUCUUGCCGAUAUCGAGCCUCCUGCGCCAUUGACAUGGGGCCACAUCAAGGGCUUAGUGUUGCGUCACCUGAGAUACUGGAAUGAUGCGAAAGACAUUUUCAGGAGUGACAGUACUCUGAAUAUCGGUUAUAGAUUCGAUAAUAUGAAUAUGACAGAAAACUAUAAUGCUCCAGGCUCUCCCUAUUGGUGUAUGAAGGCCUUCUUGUGUCUCGCUGCACCAUCUUCACACCCAUUCUGGACUUCUGAGGAACUUGCUUGGCCAAAAGAUUCAUUCCCGUUGACCAAAUCGCUUCCUGAUCCUUCCCAUAUCAUGUGUCGACAGGGUGAUCAUACCUUCCUGCUUUCUUCCGGACAAGCACCUCACUACGCCAUGCGACAUGGACCAGCGAAAUACUGUAAAUUCUCCUACUCGUCAGCAUUCGGUUUCUGUUGUCCUACCGGUGAUAUGGAUCUGGGGCAACUGGCUCCAGAUUCGAUGUUAGCUCUUCGAGAUGCUUCGGAUGGUGUGGAGGACUCAGAUGGUGAGACAUGGAGAGUCAGACGAAAUCCCAUAGACGCUCGAAUCGUGGGACGAGGGACAGAUAAAGUACACCUCAAUUCAAAGUGGAGACCAUGGAAAGAUGUGGAAGUAGAGACUUUCUUGAUACCACCUCAAAAUGCUAAGUCGAGUUAUUACCUGAGAGUACACAAGAUCACCUCAGGUAGGAAGUUGGAAUCUGCCGAAGGAGGAUGGACGAAUUAUGGGCAAGGUGAAAAUGGUCGAGCCUUGAUCCAGUCUUUCUCUGGAUUGAUGAGUAAAGGUGGUGAUCAGGAAGUUGGCUGGUCGAGGGCAGUGACUGCUGGAGGUGCUGUCGGACUGGUUGAUGUAGCUUAUAAAGGCUCAAGCGGGAAGAGGCAAGGUCAAUUGGUUCAAAUCGAUCCCAACUCAAAUGUCAUUUUCUCUAGAGGUAUCUUACCUAGUUUAAUAGGAACGAUAGGACAAGGCGAAUCUUGGUUGGUCACUGCGAUAUUUGGUAAACCAGCUAAAGGCGGGAAGACCGAAGGAUGGGAAGAAGCUUGGAAAGCUGUUCCUGAAGUUCCCUCUUGGAUCUCCCAAACUGCUUGA